CUCUUCUCCCUGCUCCCAAACCUCAACCCCCACCCCAAGCAGGAUGCAGUUUCCAUGACAACCUGGCCGGGCCAGAAAAGGGGGCGGGGGACUGCAGAGGAAAUUUUCCACAUCAGCAGCGAGGGAGGAGGGCACGGUGCAGGGAAGGAACUGGCCCAGACGAUGGGGGCCAUGCAGGGCCCCUGGAGCCCCAAAUCACCAUGCCCACAGCCCCCAGCACCGUCACCCCGCCUCCGCCCAGCCAACUGGCACCCUCGCCUCUGGGCUGCGGGGAAGGGGGACGGCUUGGGAGAGGCUCAAGGGUCAAAUGUCCAAAGAUCGGCGGCUGCCCAGGCCUGGUGUGUGGUGGGGGGAGCGGGCAGCCGGCAGCUGAUGGAGCUCGGACCGCAGACCAGACCACCAGACUCAAGGACAUGGCCCUGGACAGGGUCCCGCGGAGGGUGGGGGUGGUGGGCUACGGCCGUCUCGGACAGUCCCUGGUCUCCCACCUGCUGACUCAGGGGCCGGAACUGGGCCUAGAACUGGUUUUUGUCUGGAAUCGAGACCCAGGACGCCUGGCGGGGAAAGUGCCCCCGUCCCUGCAGCUGCAGAACCUCGCUGACCUUGGGGAGAGGCACCCCGAUCUUGUGGUGGAAGUGGCCCAUCCCAAAAUAAUCCAGGAAUCUGGGGCACAGAUCCUGCGCCACGCCAACCUCCUGGUGGGGUCCCCCUCCGCCCUGGCUGACCAGGCCACAGAGCAGCGGCUCCUGGAGGCCUCCAAACGCUGGAACCACGCCGUGUUCGUGGCCCGGGGGGCGCUGUGGGGCACUGAGGACAUCAGCAGACUGGACGCGGCUGGCGGCCUCCAGAGCCUCCGUGUCACCAUGGCCACACAUCCCGAUGGCUUCCGGCUGGAGGGACCCCUGGCCGCCGCUCAGAGCACGGGGCCUCGCACUGUGCUCUACGAAGGCCCUGUGCGUGGGCUCUGCCCCUUUGCCCCCCGAAACUCCAACACCAUGGCGGCUGCCGCCCUGGCCGCCCCCAGCCUGGGGUUCGACCGCGUGAUCGGGGUGCUGGUGGCGGAUCGCAGCCUCACGGACAUGCACGUGGUGGAUGUGGAGCUGAGCGGGCCCCCGGGCCCCACAGGACGAAGCUUCGCUGUGCACACCCACCGGGAGAACCCCGCCGAGCCCGGCGCCGUCACGGGCUCUGCCACCGUCACCGCCUUCUGGCGCAGCCUCCUGGGCUGCAGCCAGCUCCCUUCCAGGCCCGGGAUCCACAUCUGCUGAGCAGUCUCCUCCCCAGGACAUCCUCGCCUCAUUACCUCCCCCCACCGCGCCCGCCGCCCCCGUGCAGUCGCUGCCCUGCCUCAGUUUCCCCGGACUGCCCCCUGUCUCAGUAAAGAUGCACAGUCUGGCUACCCUUCUGUGACGUCACGCUGCGCCCGCACACUGGGCAUCACGCCACCUCAGGGGGCGGGCUCGGCUGGGAGCACAGAGCCGGGAAGCCAUCGCGAGAACCAUUAGCCACUACAUUUCCCAGAAUCCUCUGAGCAGCGAGAACCUAGCCACUACAUUUCCCAGAAUCCUCUGAGCAGCAGGGAGAUGGGGGGGUGAGCGAAGGCGAGGGCCUCUG